UUUCUUGCAUAUCUAUCACAGAAAUACUGGGAAAAACAAGAAAUGGAAUCUACCAAACUCCUUUCAGUUCUCCUUUGUCUCCUUCUGAUCUUCUCCACCUCUUCGGCUAAAAAGAAACACAAGCCUUGUAAAACCUUCGUGGUCUACUUUCAUGACAUACUUUACGACGGACAGAACAGGGACAAUGCAACUUCGACAAUUGUAGCUGCACCGGCUUGGGCCAACACCACUAUCUUGGCCGAAGAAAACCAUUACGGCGACAUAAUUGUGUUCGAUGACCCGAUUACAUUGGACAACAAUCUGCAUUCAAACCCAAUCGGACGUGCACAAGGGAUUUAUUUAUAUGACGGGAAAAAAACCUUUAGCACUUGGUUUGGCUUCUCUUUUCUGUUCAAUUCUACCGAGUACAACGGCAGAUUAACCAUAGCCGGGGCCGAUCCGUUCUUGGAACCGACUAGGGAAAUUCCAGUGAUCGGAGGAACCGGUGAGUUCUUCAUGACUAGAGGAAUUGCCACCUUCUUUACUGAUGCCUUUGAGGGGACUGUAUACUUUAGGGUUCGUGUUAAUAUUACUUUGUAUGAAUGCUGGUGAUUUGUUUGCCUUUUUCGAUUCAAGUUUUUAGUGUUUCCUGUUGGAUUUAAUUUUCAAAUUAGUAAUGAUCAUGCAUAAGAAUAAAUGAUAGUGUAUUUGUUGUUAUUUGUUAUUCAUGUAUUCAUAAAGGAUAAUAAAUAUAUGUUCUUUGCUUUCUU